UCGCCCUCCUGUCCCUUGGGUGUUCGAUCUCUGCGCGGGCCGCAGUUCAGCUCCACUGCUGGGAGCCGCGAGUUCCCUGUCGCCGCUCGCCCUGGCCAUGUUCCCCGCCGUGCCUUCUCCGCGGACCCCGGGUCCCGGCUCCCGCAGGGGCCUGCUGGCCGGAGUCGGGCCGGGCUCCACGCCUCGGGCGGCCAGCAGGAAGGGUCUGUCCCUGGGGUCUGCAGUCAGCUCCCCGGCGCUUUUCUCGCGCGUCGGCCGGCGGAGCUCGCUGAGUUCGCGGAACACAAAAAAAAAUACACGACCAUUCCCACACCACUCCAUAACUGAUUCUAUGAACUAUGACGUGAAGACGUUUGGAUCUUCUCUGCCUGUUAAAGUCAUGGAAGCCCUAACAUUGGCUGAAGUUGAUGACCAGCUCACCGUUCGCAUAGAUGAAGGUGGAUGGGCCUGUCUGGUCUGCGGAGAGAAGCUGAUUGUCUGGAAGAUUGCUUUGUCACCUGUUACCAAGUUAUCUGUGUGCAAGGAGCUUCAGCUGCCACCCAGUGACUUCCAUGGGAGUGCUGACCUGGUGGCGCUCGCAUACUCUGCUACUCCAGGGGAAGUGCAUUCUACUCAGGCUGUUGCUGUCAUGGUGGCCACCAGAGAAGGAUCCAUCCGCUAUUGGCCAAGCCUUGCUGCUGAAGAUACCUACACAGAGACUUGCGUAGACUUGGGAGGUGAGAAGACCUCCAGUUUCCUAACGGCAGUGCAGGGAGGAAGCUUCAUUUUGUCCUCGGCGGGCUGCCAGCUGGUUCGGUUGAUGCCUGAAAGCUCAGGAAAGGUUCUUCAGCAUGCUCUGCCUCAAGGGCAAGGCAUGCUUUCAGGAAUUGGUCGGAGGGUCUCUUCUCUGUUUGGAAUUUUGUCCUCUAGUAGUGAUCUCAUGCUUUCAAGUGUUCUUUGGGAUAGAGAGAGAUCAAGCUUUUAUAGCCUGACAAGUUCAAACAUCAGUAGAUGGGAAUUAGAUGAGUCUUCGGAAAAGCAAGCACAUAAUUUGGAUGUAAACAGAGUCUUGAAGGAACAGAUUACCGAUGCCAUUUGGGGUUCUGAAAGUAACUAUGAAGCUAUUAAAGAAGGGGUCAAUAUUCGAUAUUUGGACUUGAAGCAAAACUGUGACGGGCUCCUGGUUUUGGCAGCAGCGUGGCACCCUGCAGACAGUCCCUGUCUUGUCUACUACUCCCUGGUAACAGUGGAAGGGAGCGGCCACCCACUGUCAGAUGCAGUUACUGUAGAAGUCACUCAGUAUAACCCACCUUUUCAGUCUGAAGAUCUGAUUCUGUGUCGAUUGAUGGUCCCAAACUUUUCAAACCAGGCUGCUUACCUGUAUACCGAGAGUGCUGUCUAUGUGUGCUCCCCAGGGACUGGGAGGUUUUCUCUUCCUCAGGAGAAAAUCGUCUUCAACACACAAGGGGAUAGUAUUUUAGGCGCUGGUUCCUGUGGCGGCGUUCCUAUCUUUUUUUCUAGAAACAGUGGACUAGUGUCCAUUACUUCGAGAGAAAAUGUCUCCCUAUUAGCAGAAGACCUGGAAGAGUCCUUGGCGUCUUCAGUUGCUGGACCAAGCAAUGAGAGUGUGGUUUUUGAGACGUCUACCAAGAAUGAAACCAUAGCACAGGAAGAUAAAACCAAGUUGCUAAAAGCGGCUUUUCUGCAGUACUGCAGAAAAGAUGUAGGUCAUGCUCAAAUGAUGGUGGAUGAGCUCUUCUCCUCUCCCUCGGAUACGGACUCUGAGCUGGACAGAGCCGUUACCCAGAUCAGCUUGGACCUGGUGGACGACUACCCGGCUUCCGACCCGAGGUGGGCCGAGUCAGUCCCUGAGGAAGCGCCUGGGUUCAGCACCACGUCGCUGAUCGUCCUCCACCAGCUGGAGGACAAGAUGAAGGCCCACGCUUUCCUCAUGGACUUCAUUCACCAGGUUGGCUUGUUUGGACGCCUGGGUGCCUUCCCCGUCAGAGGGCUGCCGAUGGCCACCCGCCUGCUGCUCUGUGAGCAUGCUGAGAAGUUGUCAGCCGCCAUCGUGCUCAAGAACCACCAUUCCCGGCUCCCCGACCUCGUGAACACGGCCAUCUCCAUUGCCCUGAACAAGAGGGAGUGUGAGAUCCCGUCCAGCCUGACUCCAGCGGACGUCUUCUUCAGAGAGGUGUCCCAAGUAGACACCAUCUGUGAAUGUUUACUGGAUUAUGAGGAGCAGGUCCUGCAGGGCUCGUCGUUGGACUCUGUCGAGUGGGCUGAGGUGGUGAUCGACGUGAACAACGUUCUCAAGGAUAUGCUGCAGGCUGCUGUUCAUUACCGCCAGAACAGGAGCUCUUUGUACCGCAGAGAAGAACCACACGAGAGAGAGCCGGAGUAUAUUCCAUGGACAGCAACAAGUGGGCCUGCUGGCAUCCGAACAGCAAUAGUCCGCCAGCAUGGGCUCGUCCUGAAAGGGGUGUACCCGCAGGCGGACAGCGGCCUCCGGAACACUGUGACGGAGCAGCUGGUCGCGCUGAUCGAUUGCUUCCUGGAUGGCUACGUCUCUCAGCUCAACUCCCUGGACAGAUCCAGUGAUCAUGAGAGAUACACCAGUCUGGAGACGGAGUACCUGCAGAAGAGAUCAGACCUCUUAUCCCCCCUGAUCACGCUAGGCCAGUUUGCAUGGGCCGCUUCUCUAGCAGAGAAGUACUGCGACUUCGAUAUCUUGGUGCAGAUGUGCGAGCUGACUGACAACCAGCCCAGGCUCCAGCGCUACAUGACACAGUUCGCGGACCAGAACUUUUCAGACUUUCUCUUCCGCUGGUAUCUGGAAAAAGGGAAGCGGGGCCGACUGCUAUCUCAGCCCAUCUCUCAGCACGGGGAGCUGGCCACGUUCUUGCAAGCUCAUGAACACCUCAGCUGGUUACAUGAAAUUAACAGCCAGGAACUAGAAAAGGCUCAUGCCACCCUUCUGGGUUUGGCAAAUACGGAAACUCGUUACUUUGCAAAGAAGAAAACCCUUCUUGGUUUGAGUAAAUUGGCUGCAUUAGCUUCAGACUUUUCAGAGGAUAUACUGCAAGAAAAAAUUGAAGAGAUGGCUGAGCAGGAGCGCUUCCUGCUGCACCAGGAGACGCUGCCCGAACAGCUGCUGGCCGAGAGAGAGCUGAACCUCGGAGCCAUGCCCGUGUUGACCGCACCGCAGCUCAUUGGCCUGUAUAUCUGUGACGAGAAUCGAAGAGCUAAUGAGUAUGAUUUCAAGAAAGCUCUGGACCUGCUGGAGUAUAUUGAUGAAGAGGAAGAUGUAAAUAUAAAUGAUCUGAAGCUGGAGAUCCUUUGUAAAGCUCUUCAGAGAGAUAACUGGUCCAGUUCAGAUGGUAAAGACGAUCCAAUCGAAGUAUCUAAAGACAGUAUAUUUGUGAAAAUCUUACAGAAACUUCUGAAAGAUGGCAUUCGGCUCGGCGAGUACUUACCGGAGGUGAAGGACCUCCUGCAAGCAGACCAGCUUGGGAGCUUGAAGUCCAAUCCUUACUUUGAGUUUAUUUUGAAAGCAAAUUAUGAAUAUUAUGUCCAAGGGCAGAUAUAACUUUCUAAAAAUGGUCAUUGUAUCUAAAGUUCGUGUAAGUACACACUUUAACAAUGAGAAGUUUGUACAGUUUCUAACAUGUAUAGCUGACUUUUUAUACUUUGGAAGCUAAGAUAAAGUCAUUAUGUAACAUAA